AUUGAUUUUUCUUUUUUCACAUAAUCUUAUCUUCGAACCCAUCAAAUGUUUUACUUAUUUUGUGAAGGCUGUUUACUUUUUCAGUAUCACUAAAGUUCCAAAAUUAUGCAGCGAAAAUGGCGAACAUCGGCGUGGUGUCGGCGACUAACAACCAGGUGAUACUCCGUGACUACGUGAGUGGAUUCCCUAAAGAAUCCGACCUCUACAUUGCCGCAACCACCGUUGACUUACGUGUACCUCCCGGAUCCAUGGCGGUUCUAGUCAAGAACCUCUACUUAUCUUGUGAUCCUCACAGCCGCACUCGCAUGGGGAAGCCUGAUCCCUUGUCCCCUGCUUCCAUCGCUCAUGCUUUCACUAUAGGCAAGCCAAUCUCUGGGUUUGGAGUGGCUAAAGCAAUAGAUUCAGAUCAUCCAAAUUACAAAAAUGGAGAUUUACUUUGGGGAAGAGUUGGAUGGGAAGAGUAUAGUGUUAUUACUCCAACUCCUUCUUCACAUUUCAAGAUUCAUCAUACCGAUGUUCCCUUAUCUUUCUACACUGGACUUCUUGGUAUUCCGGGUCUAACUGCGUUUGUUGGGUUUUACGAAAUCUGUUCUCCGAAGAAAGGAGAGACUGUUUUUGUAUCAGCUGCAUCUGGUGCAGUAGGUCAACUUGUGGGACAGUUUGCGAAGAUGGCGGGAUGCUAUGUCGUUGGAAGCGCCAGUAGUAAAGAGAAGGUUGAUCUUCUCAAGACUAAGUUUGGGUACGACGAUGCUUUCAAUUACAAGGAAGAGCGUGAUCUUAGUGAUGCCCUGAAGAGGUGUUUCCCAGAAGGAAUAGACAUAUACUUUGAAAACGUGGGAGGCAAAAUGUUAGACGCAGUGCUCGAAAACAUGAGGACACAUGGGCGAAUCGCCGCGUGUGGAAUGAUCUCACAAUACAAUCUAAAGGAACCCGAAGCUUUACAUAACUUAGCCACCAUUGUUUACAAACGGAUUCGGGUUCAAGGUUUUGCAGCUGUCGAAUUCUUUGAUAAAUACUCCAAGUUCUUGGAUUUUGUGCUUCCGUAUGUAAGAGAAGGAAAGAUAACAUAUAUAGAGGAUAUAGCGCAAGGACUCGAGAACGGGCCUUCUGCUUUGAUUGGACUGUUCCACGGUAAGAACGUUGGGAAACAACUUGUUGAAGUUGCUCGUGAGUGAGAUUGAAUUAGCAAAUAAAACAACUUGUUAUUACCGUUUGUUUUAUUUGUUGUUGUGACAUUGCUUUCUUUGUAGGUCAGAAAUAAUUAGACUGUUGUUAA